UCAGUAGUGUAAGAUCUGAUGAACACAAUUUUUGACAUUGCCACCCCACUCAGACAUACAAUGGGUCAAACAGUAAAGAGUGGAAAGUCUCCUACAUACUAAUUCACAGGCUGAACUUUCAGUAGUUGUAGCACCUACUAAAAAACCCACUGUCCAAUUAGAAGCCUCUAUUUAAAGAGUUUCCCUUGAAGUCAGUGAUAAUUUUUUAUCAGCCAUACCUGCAGCUGUGCCUUAGUUUACUCUGAGGUUUUCUUUCUAUGUAUUUCUAACCAAGAUGCUAUUUUUAUCUGAACAUGUCAAAAAUAUACAAGCCUUCUUACUCGUUUCUAGAACCCCAAAGCUUCCUAAUUCCAGUAAAUUUACGCUGCUAACUUUUCACUUAUUAAAAACCCCAAGAACCUUUAUAAAAGUAGUAGCACAGUAAACAUCCAGUUUCGGGAGGUAUUUAAUUUAUCUUUUAAGCUGCCUGCUAUUAAAAAUGACCAGAGGCAAUUCUUUGCUAUUCUUGCUGCACACUGGAAAGUUUCAGCAGGCAAACAGUUAAGAACUGGAGGAGGAGGAGAGGGUUCGUUUCCUUUCCAGUUCUCAUCAUCCAGCAUGCUGCCUUAGCAGUGCAGAGGUUAAAGCCUCUGAGGUAAAGCAAUACUAUUUAUAAUCAUCAGCAAUGUACUCUACAUAUUUGAAAGUCUGAUUUCAGUCCUUUAAAGGCUGUCUCAGAAAGAGUGGCAACAGAAUUUGGAGAAGCUCAAGUUUUCUCUCAUUAUUGUGAAGCAGAGGACAUUUCUGAAGCCAAACAGCACUACUGCAGAAUAAAUAUGCUAAGCAUUGCGGGAAGCCAGAUGAAGUCCUAAAUGAAAACAUUCACGUUAAUAUUUAACCCCUUUCACUUACACGAGAUCUCCACACAAGCAACAGAAUGAAGAAUGCUGUCUGAAUUCUGCUGAAGGACAAUGGGACUCUCUAUUUAUUUUUAUUAUGCUGCCGUCUCCUGGCUAAUUUUGUCCAAGACUGAAGAGCACUGCUGACAGAACAUACAAGCAAAAUGGAUGAACCCUCCACCUAACAUACAACACCACUUUUUGGAAUGCGAAGAGGAAAAGCGGCAUUCUUCCUGCAUGAAAUCCAGUGCAUACCAAUAAUCUGAACGCUUAAUUAAACUAUGAUAAGACGACAGUAUCUGGAAAAUAAAAGAUGAACCCACUUGAUGCAACAAAAUCAGGAUUUUUAGCGUGCAUUGCUGUCUGUCUGUUCAUCUACACUUUUAUCUACCUAAAGGAUACACUUUCUGAAGAGCCAAAUGAACAAAAAUUUGAUGAAAAUAUAGUAGAGUGUGGUUUUUACCCAGAUGAACUUUGUUCAGCUCUUUUUGUGGGGAAAACUGCUGCCUUUAAAAUUGGAAACUUCUGUCAGAGCACCUAUCAACCUAAAACACUCAGCUGCGUUCAGACUUCGUGCAACUGCUCCAUGGUUUUGAAGACUCUGCAUUUUAUCACAAGACCACUCUCAGAUGAAGAAGGAAAUUUCUCAUUGGCAUACAUUAUCACAAUUCACAAGGAGCUAGAAAUGUUUGUAAAGUUGCUAAGAGCUAUUUAUAUGCCUCAGAAUAUUUACUGCAUACAUGUUGAUGAAAAGUCACCACAAGAUUAUAAAGCUGCUGUACAAAACAUCGUUAAUUGCUUUGAAAAUAUUUUUAUUUCCUCAAAAAGAGAAAAUGUUGUUUAUGCAGGAUUUUCAAGAUUACAAGCUGAUAUUAAUUGCAUGAGAGAUCUAGUUCAUUCCAAAAUUCAGUGGAAUUACGUUAUUAAUCUAUGUGGUCAAGAUUAUCCCAUUAAAACAAAUAAAGACAUUAUACAAUACAUCAAAAGUAAAUGGAAUGGUAAAAAUAUGACUCCUGGGGUAGUCCAACCACUUCAUAUGAAACACAGGACACAGGUUAGUUACAGAGAAUAUGUUCAUUCUGGAAUGUCGUAUGUGUAUCCAACAAAGAAUAUAAAAGCUAAACCUCCAUAUAAUUUGACAAUAUAUUUUGGUAGUGCCUAUUACAUACUUACUAAAGAAUUUGUAGAGUUUACAUUGACUGAUGCACGUGCAAAAGAUUUGCUUGAAUGGUCGAGAGACACGUACAGUCCGGAUGAACACUACUGGGUCACACUGAACCGUUUAAAUGAUGCUCCAGGGGCUACACCCAAUGCAGACUGGGAAGGAAACAUACGAGCCAUUAAAUGGAAAGAUCAAGACGGAACCAUACACAAAGGCUGCAAAGGUCAUUACAUCAGAGACAUUUGUGUCUACGGACUAGGGGAUUUACAGUGGAUUAUUGAGUCACCUCAUUUGUUUGCCAACAAAUUUGAGCCUGCAACAUAUCCCCUUGUUAUGGACUGCCUAGAGAGACGCUACAGGCUUAAAGUACUGCUCCAGGCAGAAGUCCCGAUUGAAGAUCACUGGCGUUUUCAGGAAGCGAACUACUUCAACAUGAAGCUGAAUGUUUAACUAACAUCUAAACAAGUGUUCAAAAUACUGAUAGAAACCAUUAUCAUUUUUAGCUAUAGACUCCACUUCGUGCAUUACAGCAUGAGGGUAAGCACAAUACUGUACUACCAGUCUGCCAGUGAAAUUUAUUUAUUACAGUAAGAUAAAGAGCAACAACUGCUAAUGGGUUAAUUCUCAAAGCAAACGACGUUUAAAUCUGUAACUUACUGAAGAAAUGGGGGAAGUUCAUCAUCCUUUAAGUGACAUUUAACUGGAAAAAUACCUAUUCCUCAGGUCUGCAGCCAAAAAAAGGACUGAUUGGUAGGAAAAUAAUAAAAUGGAAGCAAUGACUGAACAAAGAUAAAAUAUGAAGAGCACAAGCUAAUUAAAGUCAUGUCUACUGUAUGUUUCAUGAAUUAUUUUGAAUAAUAAUGUUCACACUAAAAUAUCAGAGCUUGUAGAUAAGCAAGUGAAAACCAGUUUCAGAUACAGUCCAUUUCACUGUCCUUUUUUUUUUCUCCCCAUGGCCAGCUGCAUCUCUAAUUUCAUUGUGUAGCAUGGCAACAUCACUCUUGCACGACUCAGGCUUUGCUCCUAAUGAAAAGGGUAUGUGUGCCAGUAACAGUGGUAGGGAUCCUGCAAUGUAUGUUCACCUUUAAGUCCCUGUUUCUGAGUCUCUGCAGGAGUUUAGGGCCAAGGAACAAAGGAAAACUGAGUGAGAAGCCAACUUUCAAUCCCAGUAUACUUGAUUGAGCAAAACAAAACUUCCCUGAACCUUGCAAUCAGAGUUAACACCUAGCAGCACCAGGACAAGCAUCUCAUUUCUCAAACCCUCUGCAGACCAAAUGCAGCACUUGCUGAUAAGGAAGUGGCUUUCAACACACAACACAGGUAAAACCAGGGAACAGUAAUAAAAAAAGAACAAGGAUCCAGCCCUUUUCCAGUCAAGAGCUGCUUCUUCCUCUUCAGGACUCUUUAAAUUUACAAGCUUACUUGUUUAUAAACUACAAAUUAUAAAUAAAUGUCUAGGAGCAAUUUCCAUGUAAGCUUCAACAUGUACCUAAAAUAUAAUUGUUUUUACAAGAAAACUGACUUUCAGAUUAAACAUUCUUCCAGAAAAAUCAAAUGAAUCAACAUAACAACCCAACAAUAGAACACGAAAGUUUCUUACUACAAACUUAUUCCCAGGUUUCUGUACUGCUUAUUUUCCCACAUGAGUUUCUUGGAAUCCUAAUUUCUUUCAAAUUAACUUUAACCAAAGAAAGACCAUCUGGCCCCUAUUUAUUUACAGAAACUUACAAACUCAAUCCAAAGGCCUGUACUCAGUUUCUUGUAUAAUCCAGGAUUUAUCUUGUGGCUAAAUAUUGUGGGAGAUGCUUUUUUAUUGAAGAAAACAAAGAAAAAAAAAAAAAAGGCAGCCAUGCAACAUGUUUAUACUGAGCUUGUUGAGAGUCCCUCUGAAAACCAUUACUGAAACUAAUGGGCCUCUGGCAUUUAUUAAUCAUAGCAAUAUUCAUAAUUAAUUUCUCUCCAAACCACACCCAGUCUGCUGCAGGGCACUGCCAGCACUUACCCACUUCAUGUUGUCUUUUAAAACGUGAACGGAACGUAUCUUUUUACCAUCACUCCAGCAAAUCCAGUAUCCUGCUUUCACCUUUUGUCACCAUCACAAAGAACAAUCGUUCUGUAUCACUUCUGAAUUGAAUUAAAAUGAUAAAUCCAAUAGCAAGGCACUAUAUAGCAUGGGCUUGUUUGCAGAAACUGAACUACUUAAACUGGGAAAAAAAAUAUUUGCAUAAAAAUCCCUUUUAAAAUAUAAUUUAGGUAUGGCUUUACCCAUGUCAAUCCAGGAGUAUCACUGAAGUGUGAUCCUCCUUCCUUAAAGGUUUUAGUAUUUUAAACAAAGUGUUCAUAUGUGUAAAACUCCCAGGAAAAU